GCCACCUGCAGACGGACAUGGGCUCGCCUCCCACCAUCCCCGAGCACCACGCCUCCACCAAGAGGGUCCGCUCGCACUCUACCACCACCCUGCCAACCAUCCUGUCGGAGGACAGGGGAGACAACGGCCGCGCGUUCGAGUCCAACGAGCACAUCAGGCGACAUCCGCUCAGAAGAAGCUUCAGAAGAAAUAAAUGCGAAGGGGACCAACAGAUCACGGAGGACAACAUGAAGGAGGAAGCGUCCCAGGAACGGCUGGGAACGCCCAUCCACCACCGGUCGUCCUCCCCCGCGCUACCUGUGCCGUGCCGGCGCCGCUCAGCCAGCUCGACGGGGCCUGUGGAUGAGAGUGGGCGGGGCCGCUCGCCCUCCCCUGCUCACCGCCCGUCCUCACCUGUCCCGCCGUCCUCUCCUCGCCUGGUGCAUGCAGAGAGUGCCCCCGGCGUGGUGGUGACGUCAUCACGCCCGUCCAGACGCCGAUCCACCUCUUCAGCGGUGGUCGCGUUCGCCGCCGCCACAGCAGGCUCCGCCAACCUCAGAGUCUCGGACGGGAGUUUCUCCACAUCAGGCUACGGUAGCUGCAUUACGUCAUCACCAGAUCUCAAACAGCAGAGAAAGAACAAAGAGGAGAUCAUCAGUACGGCAGCCACUGCGCGUGUGCUGAACGUUUUGCGGCACUGGACGACGAAGCAUAAACAGGACUUUGAGAUGGACAGCGUCCUGAAAGCGAAGGUUGUGGAGCUUCUAGAGGAGAUGAUGGGGGAUGUUGGGCUGCUGGCCAGCGAGCAUAAGGCAGCCUCCAACAUACUCAGAACGCUUGCUUACGAAGACGGGGACAAAACCAAGGCGCGGCUGCAGGAGAUCCUGAGUCCUGGGAAGAGAGCGGACAGCGCGACGUUUGAGACCCUGUCAGCGCUCCAGCUGGCGGAGCAGCUCACCCUCACCGACCACACCAUCUUCUGCAGCAUUCCUUACGAGGAGUUCCUGAACAAGGCGUGGAUGAAACCUGACAAAGCCACCCGGGCGCCACACAUCAUGCUCACCAGCAAGAGAUUCAAUGAGGUGAGUAAACUAGUGGCGUCUGAAGUUGUCAGCCAGCCGACCAUCCCCGGACGAGCUAGUGCCAUCGAGAAAUGGACGGCAGUCGCCGACAUCUGCAGGUGUAUGCACAACUACAACUCUGUUCUCGAGAUCACGUCGGCAUUCCAGAAUAGCGCCAUCUACAGACUCAAGAAAACAUGGGAAAAGGUCUCCAAACAGACCAAACAGCUUGUAGAGAAACUGAAGAAUCUGGUGUCGUCUGAUGGUAGAUUCAAAAACAUGAGGAAUGAACUACACAGAUGUGACCCUCCAUGCGUGCCAUACUUAGGAGUGUACCUGACAGACUUGGCUUUCAUAGAGGACGGAGCACCAAACUUUACCGAAGAUGGCCUGGUCAAUUUUUCAAAGAUGAGAAUGAUUGCACAUGUUAUCCGGGAACUGCGACAGUACCAACAGACACCGUACAAAAUAGAAUAUGAUCCUAAGGUGACGAGUUACCUGCUAGACCAGGCGCUUAUCCUUGACGACGACGCUCUGUACGCCGCGUCUCUGCAGAUCGAGCCGAGGAUGAGCCCGAGUGCCUCCGCCAGCAGCGGGUCCUGAUUUUCUACACAGCUCCUCAACGGGAAACACAACAUCAUCAAUUAAAGACAAGAAAACCUUCCACGAUGCACAUUUUUACCUGGCUAGCUCCUCCACUGGAAAACUCAGACUACUAAGACACUGUUACGAUCUGUAGGUGGAUUUUACACAGCCGUACGUAGAUAGGAGGGAUGUUAAAGAAUAGAUGAUACCGCGUACAGCCUUCGUACAAGAUGUGAGCGGAAGCGCAGCUUGCUGAGGGGAUUGCCCGUCUAGAAGAGUGGCAGCUCGACCGACUGGAUUCUACACACCACCACGGGUGCCUACAGUCAAGGGAGGACCGAGUGGGAGAAGCGAGACGUUUCGCCAUUUUCACACGAUAUCAACCAUUGUUUUUCGGACCAAAUGAACUAACUGCAACAGAACAUUCAACUAGACGACACUUUCUAUCUACCUUUGUGACCAAGAUGCAUGUGGAUGUUCCAAAAGAUGGAGGUAUCGUGUACAUAUCUUCAACCAAGCUGCCAACAACAAGUAGACAGAGCAAUUUUCAAUCAACACACAGAGAGGAGUACACAAUGGUGUGGGCCAACACAUGCACCGGCACUGCAACAGGACCAGUGUGAACCUGGAGUUUGUGACUACCGGGGAGAUGUUGUUGUUGGUUGUUGUUAUGAGGUAACGUUGCCAGCGGUUGCCAACGAAAGUGCGCUGAUGCCAAACCAAACUGUCGCCCAACGGCCAACGGGAUUUCAGAGGCAGGGUGAAUCCGCGAACCAGGUGUAUCGGACAGGAGGAGGUAACCUGCAGAACAACCUUCCAGCUACCGAUGUGUGUGAUGGGAACAUAUUUAUGUUACAUACCAAUCAUUAAGGUGUUUGAAGAAAUCAGGUAAAGGUUUCCUCAUUAAACGAUCAAAAUGCUUAGAUACUUUGCGAAGUAAGUUGUAACGAAACCGUGAUUCUAAUGUGAAGAUUUUCUACCAUUCAUGUUUUAUCGUGGACUUUCAAUGAUGAUGGACUUUUUUUCCUUUAACACAGUCUACAUUUAAUUUCAGUGUACUUUUAAUGAGAAACAACUAUAACACAACAUACGACAAUCCUCCUACUUUAAGGCAUCUCCCUGUGAUGCAACACAGACACAUCCAAACUAAAAGCAGAAGAGUUUAAAGCUACUGUGAAUAUCUAACAGAGAACCAAUAUUGCAAUAAGAGUGAUCGAGCUCGAUCCCAGGUACGAAUUUUGAAGCAUUAAUAGCGACACACUUCGCGAGAAUCCGCUAGAAUCUACUGUGAAGACCAAAACUAUUUUCGUUGACGUUCUGUGAGCCAUUUGUAAAUAUGAUUUUUCACCUCUCGUAAGAUUGUCAUAGUGACAUCCGUAUGAGGAAUACUGAAGCUCACUUGAAUAGUAGAUAAACAAAGCUUGUGAAGUAGGGUAGAGUUUAGUUUCACCUUUAUAAAGGUUGCUACAUUCGACGUCCAAGCAACGCCAGGGAACUGUUGAUGAUGUUAAAGCAAACGUCAAACUUCGCCCAAAUUUACUGAUCGUCAGAAGUCACUGAAGUUCACAAUCGCCAUAGAAUGUUUUGCUUGACUCCUAUGAAUUGUGCAGCGAUCGCUCGAUAGAACACCGACGCAAUGGCUGCGCUUAAUGCCCGUUAGAAUUUGUAAACAAAUCGUCGUCGGGCCAACUGUUUUGUUAUACUUGCGCGGUUAGAAAUCUGCCCAAUUGUAGGGAGAAAACCGCGGGGAAAAACAGCCAAAUUCUUUAAUGCUGAAAGACGGUCAAACACAGGCAAUGCAAAAAAAGGAAUUAACGUGGGGGAAGUCGUUUUAGCCAUUAAACUCCCUUCAGAAAGAUAAUAAUUUUGUCUUCUAUCGCAAAAUACGACACUACUAUCGACAUCACUUUGUGGAAAAUGAUUAAAAUUUGACUGUACUUUCUGGCAACCGUGAAGUAAAUUGAACGAAUGUUGAAACAUCCAUUGAGUUUUCAACCCACCAUUUUGGUUUUUAGAUCACCUCUAUAAAAGCCAUGUGAACUGUGAGCCUUGGUCGCUGUUGUUGCUUUUGUAAUGUAGAAAUUGACAUAUGUGACUGUGUCGCCCACAUGAAUACCAUAGGUGACAGCAGUUCAAAUUAAGGGGAGUAGCUGCGCUCUGUUGAUGAUUGUGCGUCACGUAUACGUCAUUGCGACAUAGUGUGCAUACCCGGGGUCUUUGCCUUUUGAAUGUACCACUACAGAAAAUGCCGCACGUGUCCUUAUGACAAAAAGGCAAUAGUCAGACAAUCAUUCCAGACGUUCUAAGAUACACAGAAAUCUUAAGUUCUACUCAUUUCCCAAGUCUGGGCACUCUCAGCCAAACAAAAGAGCCAUUUGUGGUAACAGAACUGGUUCCUCACAUUUCGUUACGACAACCAAGACUUACGUACGCAAAUAAUUUCAUCACGUUGGUAGAGUAUAUAUAGGAUAAUUCUUUUACACAAACCAAUUACUUUGCUUAGCUUCGCUGUCCCUCAGAGCUUCUAACUGGAGUUCUGCUUCUCGCCGCUACGUGUAGCUGAUGUAGGUGUCGCUUUUGCGCCAAGAACACAAUCCCAAACGUGGCUAAUCCCAAACUAGGGGGCAUACAAGCUUAGCCACGCUUGGGAUUGUUUUCUCGCCGCAAAAGCGCCACCUAGCGAUGGGAGGCAGAACUACAGUUAGAAGCCAUGUGUCAGAGAAUUCUCCUAUAUCCAAUUCCAAGACUUCGUAGCAUACAUACACAGUGUUGUUCCGAUUAAUGCUUUACCUCAGGAAAAUGGACUUAUGAUAGAACGAGAUACAUGAAGUGUACGGACAUUAACUUGUACAGACGAAACGCCAGAGUCACAUCAUUCUUACCAGCCAUGAGAGGAAGGGUUUCGAACGCAGCUUGAAAUAAGGUGCAUAACUCAAAUUUCGGAGCAUAAUAGUAUACUAGCAGUAUGAAAUCUUCUAUCUUUAUCUUCUACAUUUCCAACGAUUGUGGUCAUUACUUUCCAGUCGACGUCCUUUUCAAAAUCAGUAUUUAAGUGGCGAGAAAAAAACAAGCCCUAAGGGUUAAACGUGACUAUGGUUGUGUGGGUCGUGUUCCUCAUGCCACGAUAUUUACGAACGAAGAAAUGGUC